UUUCGUAUUCUCUGUUCUAUUCUGAUCUCUGUAACACAGUAUCAAAGUAAUUGGAGCGCUGUAGUAUUGUAGACAUUUCUGAAUUUGGUGCUGAUGUAUUUGUUUUGGAAUUUUCGGAGUAACAAGGGUGAUCAUUUUUCCGAACUGAAGUGGUCUGAUCUUUAGGGUUUGUUAGUUGGAUGUAAAAUUUGUGCAUUUUUAAUGUCAAUUGAUAAUAAUGGAAUUCUUUUUCAUUUUAAGAGAUGUGGCUCCUCUCUGCUGUUUAGCCACAUUGAGAAUAUGUGUGGCACUGAUCAUUCGAUGUUCUUUGAAAAUGUGAGAUAUUUUGGCUUCAACUUGGUUUUCAAUAACGUUAGCUCAUUCCCUCUAAUGCCGAAAGCCUUGUACUGAUGAUGUCUCGAGUUUCUGCCAAUAGUGGAGUUCUGGUCCUUUGCUUUGAGCUUAACCUUGGACUUGAAGUUUUUAGUUUCUGUAUUGUAUAUAACCUUUGCGAAAACCGUACGUGCUUACUCAAUUUUGAAAACUGUUCUUAUUAAUGAUCAGUUAACUUAUAUAUGGCAAUGUCAGAAAAUGAUAUCUUCUUUUAAACAUAUGACUGAAGACUAUUUUCAUUGUGGGAAAUUCCAAUAACCUCACACCUUGAGGCUUAACUGAGGCUGUUCUUUCACGUUGGGAUAUCAUGAUGCAGGAAAAAGUGAGAGAAGGACGAGGCUAGUGCCCAUGGAACAGAUUGAUGAUGCUCGUAACCGUAAGAACCAAAUAGCAGCACUUAUGCGGGUGUUUGUUUUGUCAAAAUCUUUUAAAGAAGACAAUAUUCCAUGCAAAAUGGAAGAGGGUCUGUUUUUGGGUUCUCUUGGUGCUGCUAAUAACAAGUUUGAACUGAAAAGAUUGAAUGUAACACACAUUCUAACAAUGGCUUGUUCGUUGCCCCCUGCACAUCCGGAUGAUUUUGUAUAUAAAGUUAUUCCAGUUAUGGACAGACAAGACACAGAUUUGAGACAGUACUUUGAUGAAUGCUUCAGUUUUAUUGACGGGGCUAAAGAAAAGGGUGGUGGUGUUUUGGUUCAUUGCUUUGUGGGAAAGUCAAGAAACGCGACUAUCGUUAUUGCUUAUCUGAUGAAAAAGCAUGGUAUGAGCCUCUCUCAGGCUAUGGAACAUGUGAAGAGUAUAAGGCCUCGGGCUGGUCCUAAUGUUGGUUUCAUGAAACAAUUACAAGACUUUGAGAAAUCUCUUCAAGAUCAGAAUGCAGCAAAUGAAGAAGAAGAUAUGAAGUCAUACAAGUCGAAAGGCUUAGCGCUACAGAGUUCAACUUUUGCUCCUUGAACUUGAAAGAUAUGAUCACAUUUUCUACAACAGCUAAUAACCCGUGA